CUGAGGUUCGGCAUGAAGCUAUUCCAGUCAUCUACCUCCGUCAAAUGGCUAAUCUGGUGACUUACGGCGGUAUUGCCCAAAUUGCCGCAGAAUUAUGUUUUCAAUUGCUAAUGUGAGUCUCGCAAUGUUUAAAUUUGGAAUUGGGUGUUAUGGUGUCAUUCUAUUCUGGCUCCACGUAAGAUUUUGAAACGGUGCGGAAGCCUUAUACUACGUUGCGUCGCCCGCUGAGCGGAGUCGCUUUCCUAAAUUAUGUUUCGGUCGCUGUAUCGUCGAGAAGUGGGACGAAUCACGGCCGAUAUUUUUGAAAUGAAUGAGACGGAACGACGAGUCCGGGAAGACUUCCAUCUCAGUAAAUUCAAAGAUGUUGAACCCGUUCCGGAUUGUCUAGUCUUAUCAAUGGACGUGGAGAUGUCGGAAGGACGAUACCUCUUGUCUGGUAGCUCUGCUGGAGCGCUUUUCAUUCACGAUAUGCGUGCGCAACCGGCAGUGCCGCAUACGUGCAAACUUUUGGCUGUGAAGAAUUCCUGUAAACCUUUGAGCUGUGUUUCCUGGUAUCCUGUGGAUACCGGCAUGUUCUUCUCAUCGUCGGCAGACGGUGUCUUUCGUAUAUGGGAUGCUAAUCGUAUGAAGGAGGUGGAACGUAUCCAUGUGUCUUUGGGUGCCCUAUUUCAGCAUCAUAGUCCACUUUCUGAAGUACAUCACAAUUUGGUUGCUGUUGCUGGAUCUGCCCCGGAAGUCAAGAUUGUGGAUACGCGCACAGGAUCUAUGUGUCAAGAGUUGCGAAGAGGUCAUGGUCUUUCUCAGGUGACAUCUUGCCAGUGGAGUCCGCGGGCCAAUUGUCUCCUUGUGACGGGCGGAAGUGACGGUAGUGUUACCGUGUGGGACGUGCGUUCCGGCAAGUCCCGAUUGGGUUCUAUCAAGCGAGACUCAGAGAAAAAUGCCAUGAAAGGACGCGUUCAAACGUUAAGAUUUUCCAGUGACGGCUUGAAUUUAGUUGGCUAUAGCGAGUGCGACGAUAAAAUUCGCGUUUGGGACCCAUUACGAUUCAUUCCGCUCGAAACAAUUCGUGUAUCCAAAGCAAAGCAGCACCAAAGAUUUCGAAGUUCUGCUUUGGCUAUUGUACCAUCAGCAAAUGAUGAACUUCUGUUCUAUCCGAGCGGGAAAGUGAUAAAUAUUUCCACCAUGCAGUCCCCGACCGACGACGACGCGAAAAGUAAAACUUUAUCCAGACUGAAGAUGCAUUUUUCUGACGUUACCAGUUUAUGUUUUAAUCCAUUCGAAAACGAACUGUAUUCUGCGGGUGGUGAUUCCAAUGUUCUUGUGUGGUCGGCAUAUAAGCACAUCAUCGAAGACUUGAAUGAGGGAAGAGAGGAAAGACGAUUACGGGAAGAGAACCGAGGAGUCCGGAGGCAAAAUGACCCUCCUGUACCUAGCAUCGUGGAUGACGAAUUCGAUCUGGGCGAAGAUGCGUGGAGUGAUGACGAUUAG